GUUUACCGCCACCAUGUCGAUGUCAAUGGCAGCAUCCCCACAAAUGCACCUUCUUCUCCAAAAUUACAACCCGUCUCUCAAAAACCCAAACCCCGCUUUCGUCCUUCCCUCUCUCCGCGGUUCCAGGCCCAUCUCCAUCAAAUGCGCCACCACCCAAGCUCAACCGCAUACACCCCCGGCUCAGGCCCAUUCCCAAGAUCGCGUCUUCAACUUCGCCGCCGGCCCGGCCACCUUGCCGGAGAACGUUCUCCGGCGAGCCCAGUCCGAACUCUAUAACUGGCACGGAUCCGGCAUGAGCGUGAUGGAGAUGAGCCACAGAGGAAAAGAUUUCAAGUCCAUAAUCGAAAAGGCCGAGUCAGAUCUACGCACCCUCUUGCAAAUCCCGCCGGAAUAUUCCGUUUUAUUCCUCCAAGGCGGCGCCACCACCCAGUUCGCCGCCGUGCCGCUUAACCUCUGCAAAAACGGUGAACCCGUCGAUUUCAUCGUCACGGGUUCGUGGAGCGACAAGGCCUUCAAGGAGGCCCUAAAGUUCUCCAAGCCCAACGUGAUAUGGUCUGGGAAAUCCGAAAAGUACACAAAGGUUCCAACUUUCCAUGAUUUGGAGCAAAACCCAGAUGCUAGAUUUUUACACAUAUGUGCAAAUGAGACCAUUCAUGGGGUUGAGUACAAGGAUUACCCAACACCCAAGAACCCCAACGGGGUUUUAGUGGCUGACAUGUCCUCAAAUUUCUGUUCCAAACCUGUGGAUGUGUCCAAGUUUGGGGUUAUCUAUGCUGGUGCUCAGAAGAAUGUGGGUCCAUCUGGGGUCACUAUUGUGAUUAUUAGGAAUGAUUUGAUUGGGAAUGCUCAGAGUAUAACCCCUGUGAUGCUUGAUUAUAAGAUUCAUGCUGAGAACAAUUCGCUUUAUAAUACCCCUCCUUGUUAUGGCAUUUACAUGUGUGGGUUGGUGUUUGAGGACUUGCUGGAGCAAGGGGGUUUGAAAGAGGUUGAGAAGAGGAAUGAGAAUAAGGCUAUGAUUCUGUACAGUGCUAUUGAUGAGAGCAACGGGUUUUAUAGGUGCCCGGUUGAGAAGUCUGUGAGGUCCUUGAUGAAUGUUCCCUUUACUUUGGAGAAGUCAGAGUUGGAGGGUGAGUUUAUCAAGGAGGCUUCUAAGGAAAACAUGGUUCAGCUUAAAGGGCAUAGGUCGGUGGGUGGCAUGAGAGCAUCCAUUUACAAUGCUAUGCCUUUGGCUGGGGUUGAGAAGUUGGUGGCUUUCAUGAAGGACUUCCAGGCCAAGCAUGGUUAGAGGAGUGGACCGUUUUGGUCCUUUGCAUUUGUCUAUGGAGAGCGUUAACAAAAAGGGUAUCUCGCAGUUUUGGUUUGUCACUCUUUUUGUGUUAUGUUUUGUUGUUGAAAUUUGGGUCCUAGUUAGUAUUUUCAUCUGCACUUUUGACAUUGU